ACGGCGCGGGGCGUGUGUAAACCGUACAGGGUCCACGUUUUUUUUUUUUCUCCAGACGUUCGAAAUUCGCAUUAUAGCCAAAUGCCCGUAUGUCACCACGUGGUUCUCAUUCGUGCCAAAGAAGCGAAAGCAAAGGUUUGUGGUGGCGUGGACAAACAUGGCAAGUGGGAGUGGAGAAGGCAGGCUGCCUAGGCCAGAGAUGAAGGAUGCCCCAGCUUUGUUUAAAUCAGGUGUGUGGGAUCAUUUCGGAUUCCCCGUCACAUACGAUGAUACUGGCAAUAAAAACGUGGAUCGAACUGUUACAAUAUGCAAGCAUUGCAAAACCCGCAUUGCAUACGCUAGUGGAAACACUUCCAAUAUGACCGGCCAUUUACGAAGACAUCACCCAAGUGUGUCAGUAGAGGGGAGGAGAGGAGAGCCUGCCAAAAAGCCAUUCACAAUCAGCGCGGCAUUUAAACAGCCCCUGGCUGAGGACACCGCCAAGGCGAAAUCAAUUUCCAAAGCCAUAGGUAUAUUCAUUGCAAAGGACAUGCAGCCCUACAGCGUGGUGGAGGGUGAAGGCUUUAGGAAUAUGAUAAAGGUGCUGGAGCCGCGGUACGUCAUGCCCUCUCGUAGAUACUUUGGCACCAAUGUGAUACCGAACUUAUAUGAAGAGACAAGGGUGGACAUAGUUAAGGAGUUAUCUGAGGCAUGCCAAAUAGCUCUGACGACGGAUGGAUGGACUUCCAGGUCCACCGAAAGCUACCUUACAGUGACUGCCCACUACAUUACUCCCCAAUGGGAGUUACGAAGCUGCGUAUUGCAAACGCGCCCAAUAUAUGAGAGUCACACAAGCGAAUUUCUCUCCGAAAAGCUAAGAGAGGUGGUGGAGGAAUGGAAAUUGGAGAGGGACAACGGCACCAUCCCUGUCACGACUGACAAUGCCAAGAACAUAGUGAAUGCAGUAGGUUUGACGGAGGGACUUGGGCCACAGAUAUCCUGCUUUGCUCACACAGUCAACCUGGCAGCCAAAAGCGCCAUCUCUACAGCCCAAAUCUCACGACUGCUGGCGAAGGUCAGAAAGGUGGUCACUUUUUUCCAUCGAAGCACAACAGCCGCCUUCAUCUUGAAAACAAAGCAGGACAUGCUGACACUGCCAGACCACAAGUUAAUUCACGACGUGCCAACGCGCUGGAACUCCACAUACGAUAUGUUAGAGCGCUAUGUGGAGCAACAGGCGGCCCUCUAUUCCGCGGUGACGGACAAAAAUAUGAAAAAAAAAAGCUAAGGACAUUUCCCUGUUAACCGACAGUGAAACAAAGCUGACAGAGGGCUUCAUUGAUGUUCUUAAACCUUUGAAGAAUGUGACUACCCUGAUGAGCACAGAAACAUCUCCCUCUGUCUCAAUGAUUAUGCCACUGCAGAGGAUGGUACUGAAAGCAAUGGCACCACGUGCAGACGACAGUUCCACCAUCAAAGAUGCCAAGGCAGCCAUCACCAAGGAUCUUCAAAGCAGAUACAGUGACCAUAGUAUUCAGGAUUAUCUGCACAGAGCCACAGCACUGGAUCCCAGGUUCAAGUCCUUGCCUUAUCUGGAUGAAGCCUGCGUUCAGAAAAUCUGGGAUGAUCUCACAUUGGAAAUUGUAAACCUCGAAGAGCAGGCUCAACAACACUGUGAAGCUCAGGCAGCCAGUUCAUCCUCAGCAGCGGAAUCUGAGCCGUCAGAGACCUCUCCUCCCCACAAG